AUGAACAAGCUCUACGACGUGAUCGUGGCCGGCGGCGGCCCCAUAGGACUCUUCCUAGCCUGCGAACUACGCAUCGCAGGCGUCUCCGUCCGUGUCCUCGAGCGCGACGCCAAUCCAGAGUCAGAAUGGAAAGUCAUGCCAUUAGGCCUACGUGGACUCAACACGCCAUCCAUCGAAGGCUUCUACCGCCGUGGACUGCUGGACAAGAUCUACAACCCCAGCGAGCGGGCUGUGUCAUUUCAAAAGAAACCUGGCUUCCAAUUCGGCGGUCACUUCGCCGGUAUUUCCCUCAAUGCCAAUAAAUUCGACCUAGAUCGAUGGAAAUACCGCAUUGAUGGUCCAUCUUUACAGCCGGGGCCUACAACCAUUCAGAAGAUCGAAAAAGCGUUGAUUCAGCGUGCCGAAGCCUUGGGCGUUGAGAUUGGCAGGGGUAAUGGCGUCACAAGCUUCGUCGAACACGAUGACAGCCUGACUGUGCAUGCGGGUGAAAACCAAUCUUUCCGCACCAAGUGGCUCGUGGGCUGCGACGGCGGGCACAGCGUCGUCCGCAAACAGGCAGGCUUUGACUUCAUCGGCACAGAACCCAAAUUCACCGGCUACGCCAUCAAAUGCGACUGGGACCAUUUUGAGAAGCUGAAACCAGGAUUCCAUCCCACGAAAAAUGGGAUGUAUAUUCUUGGUGGCCCAAAUGCCCUGUACAUGACCGACUUCGAUAACGGCGCCUUUGAUCGAUCGCAGGAGAUUACGAAGGAGCAUGUUCAGAGCCUUUUCGAGCGCAUAUCAGGCAUUACGGACGUGAAAAUCACGAAGGUUCACCUUGCUUCUAAUUUCACAGAUCGAUGCAUGCAAACGACGCAAUACCGUAAAGGCCGCGUCAUCCUGGCUGGCGAUGCUGCGCACAUUCAUGGUCCCGUGGGAGCGCAGGGUCUGAAUCUUGGAUUAGGUGAUGCCAUGAACCUGGGCUGGAAGCUUGCCGCCACGAUUCGACAGGAGGCAAAGUCUGGCAGAGCAAACGCGGAUUUAGCAUUGCUCGACACAUACGAGAGUGAGAGACACCCUAUCGGAGUAUGGGUGCUAGAUUGGGUGCGCGCACAAGUCAACGUGCUGUCGCCUGACCCACAUGGCCAAGCAGCUCAAAGUCUGAUUCGCGACUUGAUUGGUACGACUGAGGGAGCGAAUUUGUUGAUUGAGCGCUUCUGGGGGCUCACUCAGCGGUACGAGCUUGUUGAAGGAAAAGAAGAUACGCAUCCACUUGUGGGAAGUAGUGCCCCGGAUUUCGAGCUGAUCGAUGGCUCAAGGCUGGGUCCCAAACUUGAAAGGGGUAGAGGAAUGCUUGUUGAUUUUGGAGAGGACUCGACCUUGAAGGAACUGCUAUUCGAUGGAUCAUACGAGGGAAAUGUUGAGUACGUUGAACUGGGAGUGAAAGACACAGGUGGUCUACGGUCUUUGUUGAUACGACCUGAUGGGAUCGUUGCUUGGGUGACGGGGGAGAAUGCGGAGGCAGACAUGGAUGCAGCAAAAGCAGCGCUAAGGCGGUGGUUUGGUCAUUGA